CCCAAAUGGACACUACUAUGGAAGCCGAUCUGGGUGCCACCGGCCACAGGCCCCGCACAGAGUUUGAUGAGGAGGACUCCUACCCCCAGGGUGGCUGGGACACGGUCUUCCUGGUGGCCCUGCUGCUCCUCGGGCUGCCAGCCAAUGGAUUGAUGGCGUGGCUGGCCGGCUGCCAGGCCCGGCAUGGAGCUGGCACGCGUCUGGCGCUGCUUCUGCUCAGCCUGGCCCUCUCUGACUUCUUGUUCCUGGCAGCAGCAGCCUUCCAGAUCCUAGAGAUCCGGCAUGGGGGACACUGGCCGCUGGGGACAGCUGCCUGCCGCUUCUACUACUUCCUGUGGGGCGUGUCCUACUCCUCCGGCCUCUUCCUGCUGGCCGCCCUCAGCCUAGACCGCUGCCUGCUGGCACUGUGCCCACACUGGUACCCUGGGCACCGCCCAGCCCGCCUGCCCCUCUGGGUCUGCGCUGGGGUCUGGGUGCUGGCCACACUCUUCAGUGUGCCCUGGCUGGUCUUCCCCGAGGCUGCCGUCUGGUGGUACGACCUGGUCAUCUGCCUGGACUUCUGGGACAGCGAGGAGCUGUCACUGCGGAUGCUGGAGGUCCUGGGGGGCUUCCUGCCUUUCCUCCUGCUGCUCAUCUGCCAUGUGCUCACCCAGGCCACGGCCUGUCACACCUGCCGCCGCCAACAGCAGCCUGCAGCCUGCCGGGGCUUCGCCCGUGUGGCCAGGACCAUUCUGUCGGCCUACGUGGUCCUGAGGCUGCCCUACCAGCUGGCCCAGCUGCUCUACCUGGCCUUCCUGUGGGAUGUCUACUCCGGCUACCUGCUCUGGGAGGCCCUGGUCUACUCCGACUACCUGAUCCUGCUCAACAGCUGCCUCAGCCCCUUCCUCUGCCUCAUGGCCAGUGCCGACCUCCGGGCCCUGCUGCGCUCCGUGCUCUCGUCCUUCGCGGCAGUUCUCUGCGAGGAGCGGCCAGGCAGCUUCACGCCAGCUGAGCCACAGACCCAGCUAGAUUCUGAGGGUCCAACCCUGCCAGAGCCGAUGGCAGAGGCCCAGCCACAGAUGGAUCCCUUGGCCCAGCGUCAGGUGAACCCCACACUCCAGCCACGAUCGGAUCCCACAGCCCAGCCACAGCUGAUCCCUACAACCCAGCCACAGUCGGGUCCCACAGCCCAGCCACAGCUGAACCCCACAGCCCAGCCACAGUCAGACACUAAGGUCCAGACCCCUGGACCCGCUGCCAGUUCUGUGCCCAGUCCCUGUGAUGAAGCCUCCCCAACCCCAUCCUCGCAUCCUACCCCAGGGGCCCCUGAGGACCCAGCCAUACCUCCUGCCUCUGAAGGAGAAAGCCCCAGCGGCACCCCGCCAGAGGCGGCCCCGGGCGCAGGCCCCACGUGAGGGUC